CGUCCCCCUCCCUCAAGAGGAACGCAGGAAACAGUGCGUUGAGGGAGAUUGCUUUGGCUGGCUGCAAUAAUGGGUGGACGGUGGAGCGGCCCCUCCCUAUCUUUGUUCCUCGUCUCUCUCCUCCCUUUGCUCGCUGCCGCCGAUCGACAAGCUCUCGACCGGAUCUCGGCGCUCCCGGGGCAACCGCGGGUGUCCUUUGCGCAGUUCGCCGGGUACGUCACCGUGAACCAAGAGAGGGGAAGGGCCCUCUUCUAUUGGCUUACCGAGGCUGUCACUGAUGCUGCCAAGAAGCCUCUGGUUCUUUGGCUCAACGGAGGACCGGGUUGUUCGUCGGUGGCUUACGGCGCUUCCGAGGAGAUCGGCCCCUUCCGGAUCGACCGAACUGGUUCAUCCCUUUACCUCAACAAGUUCUCAUGGAACAGAGAAGCGAACCUACUGUUCUUGGAAUCCCCGGCCGGCGUCGGCUUCUCCUACGCGAACGUCAGCUCUGACCUCCAGAGCGUCGGCGACGAGCGCACAGCUCAAGAUGCCUUGGCGUUCUUGAUUCGUUGGAUGUCGAGAUUCCCGGAGUAUAAGCAUCGAGAGUUCUACAUUUCUGGAGAGAGCUAUGCUGGGCACUACGUACCGCAACUAGCAAGAAAGAUCGUCGAAUACAACAAAGCUUCUUCCAGGCCUUUCAUCAAUCUCAGGGGAAUUCUUGUGGGCAAUGCUGUCACGGACAACUACUACGACAGUCUCGGCACGGUCUUCUACUGGUGGACUCACUCCAUGAUCUCGGACAGCACCUAUCAAUCCAUACUGUCGUCCUGCGACUUCAGAUCCCCGAGGUCAUCCCGCAAGUGCGAUCACGUCGUCAACUACGCCGUCAACCACGAGUUCGGCGACAUCGACCAGUACAGUAUCUACACCCCCUCCUGCACCGCCCCCAACGCCACCGACGUGCAGCGGCUGCGGUUCAAGAACAGCCUCAUCCACCGCCGGCCGGCCGGCUACGACCCCUGCGUCGAGAAGCGUGCCGAGAAGUACUACAACCGGCCUGACGUGCAGAAGGCCAUGCAUGCCAACACGUCCGGCAUCCCCUACAGAUGGACUGCCUGCAGUGAUAUACUGAUCAAGACAUGGGCUGAUGCUGAUAUAUCGAUGCUUCCCACGUACAAAGAGUUGAUCAAAGCUGGCCUAAGGGUAUGGAUGUUCAGCGGGGACACUGAUUCGGUGGUUCCAGUUACAGCCACCAGGUUCGCCAUCAGUCAUCUCGGUUUGAAGACAAAGAUCCCCUGGUAUCCAUGGUAUUCCAGAAGGCAGGUUGCAGGGUGGACUGAGGUGUACGAAGGAAUGACAUUUGCCUCGGUGAGAGGAGCAGGGCAUGAGGUGCCUCUCCUGCAACCAAGUAGAGCACUCCAGCUCUUCCAAUCAUUCUUGGCAGGGAAACCGCUGCCCAAGUCCUAAACAGCCAGCAGCCACAUUGAUGUCUCGGUCUCUCAUUUCAUCUAAAGCAGAUGAACAUGUGAGAUUUGUUUGCUCACACAUAAAGGUCAUAACUCAUAAGAAAUCUUCGGAUUCCUUGGUAGGUGAUUUGUGGGAGAUCUCUGAUUUGUGAUCGUUGGGAUCCGAAACAUUUUCUUAUAAAUGUAUCGAAUUGAAUGAAAUAAUUGGCAUGAACUCUCUCUCUCUCUC